AUGCUAGGAGAAGGCACUCAGGAGGAAGAUGAGCAAGGAAAGGCCGACAAAGAAACAUCUACAUAUACUCAACCCCCUCCUAAUACAAUAGGUACAUCUACUCAACCUCCACUUACCACCACAACACAACCUCCAAUUUUGACAACAUCAACUACUACCACUCAUGUGACAAUGCCAAUGUCUACACCAACUCAUACUUUUGUUACAUCAGCAACAUUACCUCUGUUAACACAAGUAUUAACUCCUGCAACAGAGAAGGUCACCAUUCAUAAUGUUGAGUCUGAUUCAGAUCAGGAAGAUGAGCAACCUAUGGUGCAACUAGUGCAAAGAAAGAGUGAGAAGAAGAAAGAAAAGAAGUCUAUUCAGCUCAAGAAACAGGCACCGAUCGAUCCCAUGGACAUUGAUAGACAAGAUUUACCAGAGGAGUUGUCGGUUGAGGAAGAAAAAGAACAAAAUGAGCCCAAAGAUUCACAAGAUGAGAGAUUGCUCUUAACUCUAAAGGACCAAGAGAAUUUGUUGAAAGAAAUAGUUGUUGGAGGAGAAAUGAAAGAAACUAAUAAAGAUGAUAGGGAGUUUGAGGAAGAAGUAAGUGGCAAGUUGGGAGAGUUGCACAAACAGUAG